ACUGGCCCAGCGGACUGGCGCUGCACGCGACCACCAUGCAGCUGUACUGGUGCGACACGUACCUCAACAAGAUUGAACGAAUACGCGUGACGUCACAAGGCAUGCUGGCGCCAGGCGCGAACCGCGAGCUGCUCGCCGAGCAUUCUGAUCAUUUCCCCUUGCUGAAGCCGUACGGACUCGCUAUUGACGGAGACGCGGUGAUAUGGAGCGAGCACGGUACGGGAGCGUUGCGUCGCGCCCGCGUGCUCGCCGCUGCGGGUGCGAGUGACGCGCGGCUCGUGGACGUUACAGAGCUGCACUCGUUCGCACCGCCGCUCUACGAUAUCCGGCUGGUGUCGCGGGACGAGAGGAUCGGCGAAAACGUGUGUUCACACAACAACGGAAACUGUGAAGAGCUGUGCCUGUUCGUGGGCGACUCUCAUGUGUGUGCGUGCGGAGUGGGGCGGGAACUGGCCGAGGACAAGCGCGCGUGCCGCAAUGUGACGCGUGCGGCGCCUGCUCGCUGUCCGCCCGACCAGUUCCACUGUGGACGAGGGCGCUGUAUCGACGCAUCGCUUGCUUGCGACGGGGACGCGGACUGUCCCGACGGGUCCGACGAAGACUCCUCACCCACCGGGCCUUGUGCGAACGUGACGUGUGACGCGACGCAGUACGUGCAGUGCGACACCAACCGCUGCGUCCCGACCACCUGGCUGUGCGACGGACUCAAAGAUUGCCGCGAUGGCUCGGACGAGAGUGCGGAGCGGUGCGGGCACGCGACGUGCGGUGCGGCGCAGUUUGCGUGCGAGCAGUCGCGGCGCUGCCUGCCGGCCGCCUGGCGCUGUGACGGAGCGCGCGACUGUGGGCCUCUCGACGACACGGACGAGCGCGGCUGUGAGAGCCGCUCGUGCUCCAGCGCCAUGUUCGCGUGCUCGGACGGCGCGGGCGCGUGCGUGCCGUGGGAGUACUACUGCGACGGUCACGCGGACUGCGCGGACGCAUCGGACGAGCUGGCGUGCCGCUCGUCGCCGCGGACUACGCCCCGCCCCCGGCCCCGCCCCCACAGUUCAUCAAACGAAACGGAGCGGGGUGGGGCUUCUGUCGCGGGCGGGCCGCUGUGUGAGGAGCACGAAUUCCAGUGCGCCAACGGAGAGUGCAUCAGGAAGGAGUUCCGUUGCGACGCGCGCGUGGAUUGUCUGGACGGGUCGGACGAGGCGAAGUGCGCCAACGUGGCGGGCGGCCCGCCCCCGCCUCGUCCCGCUCCUGCCCCCGCCGACUCAUGCGCGUGGCCCGCGUUGCGCUGCGACAACGGCACUCGCUGUGUGCCGCUGUUGCAGCUGUGUGACGGCGUGUCAGACUGCGCUGACGGCGCUGACGAGGCUGACCGCUGUGGCGAGCCGAUGUGUGCGGUGUCAGCGUGCUCGCACACGUGUCGUCCGACGCCGGGCGGGCCCGCCUGCACGUGUCCGCCGCACCUGGAGCUGCGGCCCGACCGCCGCACGUGUCGGCCGCACCACGCCUGCGCCGACUGGGGCGUGUGCUCGCAGACAUGCCAGCCACAGAAAAGCCGCUACAAGUGCACGUGCUACGACGGCUACCAGCUUGCAGAUGACGGCUUCACCUGCAAGAGUAUCGAGGGCGGGCCGGGCCUGCUGGUGUUCAGCAACCGGCGCGAGGUGCGCGCGGUGCAGCUGGGGUCGCUGGCGUCGCGCGCGCUGCUGUCGUCGCUCAAGAACACCAUCGGGCUGGACUGGCGCCGCGGGUCGCAGUCCUCGCAGUCCUCGCAAUCCUCACAAUCCUCGCAGCCCGCCGCGCUCUACUGGACCGACGUGUUGGACGACGCCAUCUACCGCGGCCUGCUCGUCGACAACUCUCUGAACGACAUCAAGGCGGUGGUGCAGGGAGGCCUCUCGAGUGCGGAGGGCCUGGCCGUCGACUGGGUGGCAGGCAACCUGUACUGGAUUGAGAGCAGCCUGCAACAGAUCGAGGUGUCACGUGAGGACGGUCGUUACCGGCGUACUCUUAUCGCCGGCGAUAUGGACAGCCCUCGCGCUCUCGCCCUCGACCCCAGGAAAGGUUUCCUGUUUUGGAGUGACUGGGAGCAGAGCGCGCCCCGUAUCGAGCGCGCGUCCAUGGCGGGCCGCGAGCGGACACGCGUGGUGCGGGUGGACGCUCUGGGGGACGGCGCCUGGCCCAACGGCAUCUCGCUCGACCACCGCGCAGAACGACUGUACUGGAUCGAUGCCAGGUCUGACUCCAUCCACACGACGACCUACUCUGGCGACGACCACCGCGAGGUACUGCGCGGGCAUGCGUCGCUGUCGCAUCCUUUUGCGAUCACCGUCUUCGAGUCGCACGUCUACUGGACUGAUUGGCGCUCCAAAAGUGUGCUGCGCGCCAACAAGUUUGACGGCUCCGACGUCACCGUCAUCCAGCGCACGCUCACGCAGCCGUUCGACCUCAAGGUGAUCCACCCGAGCAGGCAACCUCUGAUGGAACACAGCCCGUGCGGGAACAACAACGGAAACUGCUCACACUUGUGUCUCAUCCACUCGCCUACAGAGCGCGUGUGCGCCUGUCCGUAUCUCAUGAGCCUCGCGCCGGACCAGCGCACCUGCCGAUCGGGCGAGCUGGUGCUGCUGGUGGGCGUGGCGGGCGCCGUGCGCGGCCUCGAGCUGCGCGGGGGCGGCCGCCAGCUGGCGCCCACGCUGGCCGGCCCGCUGCUCAGCACGCCGGCCGCGCUGCGCUACUUCGCCGCGGAGCACGCGCUCUACUGGCCCGACACGGACGUGAGUGCGAGCCCGCUCCGCCGGUGA